AGAUUGUGGUUGAGUCGCUGUGGGGAGCCAUAUUGCAGCUGUCAGUUAGAGGCUGGCUCCUGCAGCCGGAAAAGGAGAAACGUUCAACGGUGCGGGAGUAGUGAAAACUGGCUGCGGGAGGCGGCGGAGACAGCGGGGCAGAAGGAUUUACACCUUCGCCACUUAGUCCGCGCCGCCUUGACCCGCCGUGGCCCCUGCUCGAGGACUUUUUGGGGACGAGUUAAAAGAGGCGGCCCAAGGAGCCUCGUAUUUUAUUAGUAGGGCUGGCCUGAAGAGAGACGUUGACAUAGAACUGGGGAAGACGGAUGAUCUCCGAAACUCUUCGUGAUUUACUUUUUUCUUCCGGAUAUCACAUGCUGUGGGUGUACUGCACAUUUUUUUAUUGCUUAUUUAUAUAUUUUGUCGGUCUCUAAGCUUCGUGUCACUCUUGUAUCGGUGUUGUGGAGAUCUACGCAAGCUUGUUGUGGACUCGAAUGUGGACGCCUCGCAAUUGAGAUCACCGGUUUGUCCAAGAAGAGAGGGGGAAAGGCUCCUGCUGUGGAUCGGCAAGAUGUUCUGGAAAUUUGAGAUGACAUCCAGCUCUCAGCUGGACUCUGUGCUUGCUCGGGAGGAUGUUGUACUCUCCGAGGUACUGGACGAAGAAGAUGUACUUCAGGAGUGUAAAGUAAACAACCGUCGACUUUUGGAGUUUCUUACUCAGCCCCAAAACAUGAGAGAGUUAGUAAGCUAUAUUACCCAGGAGCCUCCAGAAGACCUUGAUGAGAGGUGGAGAUUCAAAUAUCCUAAUAUCUCAUGUGAGAUUUUGACUGCUGAUGUUCCUCACAUUAAUGAUGCAUUGGGGGAUGACCAGAGCUUGCUCAAUCAACUGUACUCUUUUCUGCAGACCGGAAGUGGUUUUACACUGAACCCUCUAUUGGCAUCUUUCUUCAGUCGGGUCAUGGGUCUUUUAAUCAGUCGAAAGACUGAGCAGAUUAUAUCUUUCCUGCGGAAGAGAGAGGAUUUUGUGGAUCUUCUUCUGCAGCACAUUGGCACCUCAGCUAUCAUGGAUUUACUAUUGAGAUUAUUAACUUGUGUGGAACAGCCAUCACUCAGACAGGAAGUGUUGAACUGGUUGAUCGAUGAGCGUAUUAUCCAACGUCUAAUUGAUAUGAUCCACCCUUCCAAAGAUGAGGAGCAACACUGUAAUGGUUCUUCCUCCUUGUAUGAUAUCAUCAGGCUGAACCGGGAUCAGCUAAUUCACAUCCAGCUCAGCCCAGAACAUGACCAGCUGUUGAGUAUAUUAGAAAAACAGGAAACCAUUGAGCAACUUUUGUCCAACAUGUUUGAUGAUGAACGCAAAGAAUCUGUUAUUGUCAAUGGGAUUCAAGUCUUGCUGACGUUACUUGAACCUCGCAGACCCAGACCGGAGCUGGGUGGAAUUGGUGGUUUUUUCAAUAUUGAUGGGCAGCUGGAAAUCUGCCAUCCUACAUUUGAACCCUCUUCACAACAGAGCACUUUGGGAACACUUCUUGCCAUCAAGCAGAGGUUCCGAGACUUCCAGCAACUUUUAGUUGAUCCUCCCAAGAAAGAGCCCAUGAAGAUGACAUUUGGGGUACUGGAUCCUCCUUUGGGAAACACUCGCCUUCAGGUGGUCAAGCUAUUGAAUUACAUCUUGCAAGCUAGUAACAGGGACGUCUUACAAGAACUUCUUAGUUACCGUUUGCUGGAAACAACUCUGGACCUGUUCUUCCAGUACACCAACAAUAACUUUCUCCACACACAGGUAGAACAGUGUGUUGGGCUCAUUCUUUCCAGCCCUUGGCCUGUUGAGGAGCCCGGUGAUGAUAAUUCAACUUCUAACACUGAUAACCAACUUGUCAGACAUUUAUUAGAAAAAUGUGGCUUAAUUCAGAGAAUCUUAACAGCUUGGGAAGAAAACGACAAAGAACAGAUGACUGGAGGGAGGAGGCGGGGCUAUAUGGGUCAUCUAACUAGAAUAGCCAAUCAUAUUGUCCAAAGUUGUGAGAAAGGUCCCAACCAGUCAGUUACCCUGGAAAUUCUUAAAGCACUUCUAGAAGAUGAAAAAGAGAGAUGGGAAAAGUUCACCAUGGGUUCACUCUCAGAAACAAACAAGCGCAACACAAUUGACCUGGAAAGCACGCACAAUUUGCACUCCUCCAGUGAUGAUGAAGAAAAUGAGUUGAAAGAGUUUAGUUUUCCUCAGGAAGCUGUCCUGCAGCAGGCCUUUGCAGAUUAUCAGAUGCAGCAGAUGACUUCAACUUUUAUUGACCAUUUUGGGUUCAACGAUGAGGAAUUUGGGGAACAAGAAGACAGUGUCAAUGCUCCUUUUGACAAGGCGGCAAAUAUCAAUUUCUCUCUCAACAUGGAAAAUGAAAGUCCAAAUUCAAAUCUUUUUGACCUGUGCUGCAAAGAACGAAUUCAACAGUUUAAUGAUGAGGAAGGUGACAAUUCAGACGAGGAAGAUGUCUGGCAAGAGAAGGAGCUUCGGUUCUCCUCUGGGACAGUCCCCAGCAGCUAUAGAAACUCUGAGAGUACAGGUAGCCGGGAUUCCGAUGAAGAAGAUGGUGAGGAAGAGGUAGAAAAUGAGAAAGUAUCCCAACAGUUGAACACAGAAGAAAACGAUGUUGAAAACACCAAAGAAGAAACUGGAUGGGUUGCAGAUUUUUCCUCAUUAUCUGUGGCUCCCAAUCAGACAGCAGUAGAUUUGGGAUCAAGUGUGUGGGAAGGCUCUGCUCAGCCAGGAACGGGAGAUAGUGAAGAUUGGGCUGUCUUUUCAAGCAACUCACCAAAAAAUAGUGCCCAUGUACCUCAUGUUCAGAUGGAAUCAACAGCUGUUGCAUCAAAGGAAAAUGAGUGCAAGCAUGGAUCACAGGAUGCUUCAUCCACCUUAGAUCCACCUGCUGCCUCACUUUCUGCACAAGCAGCAAAGUAUGCUGUCCCUACUACAACACCAAAUUCUUCAUCAUUGGACUCUGCUGACUCAUCAUCAUCAUCAACAGAACCCUCUGUCACUGAUGCAGAUAAAAGUAGUUCUUGUCAAAAAGCCCCACAGGAUCUUUCAUCACAACACUCGGUAACCUCCAAGACUGGUUGCAGCUCAGAAACAGUAAACAGCAAAGUGACCCCAGGGCAAGGGGAAGAAAGUCAACCUGAUUGUACUCUGCCCAAUGGGGAUAUGCAGGAGCCUCCUAGUAGUGAAUCCACUGCUACCUCAGACUCGUGUGCAGGCACUCAGACUAUACAAAAUCAACACUCAAAUGGCAUCACAGGAAGAGCCACCAAUCCAGAGCACAAAACAGAACAGCACAGGUAAGUGGCACACAGGAUCAGAGGUGCAGCCAGAUGGCAGCUGCCGGCCCCCUUCCCCAUGCUUCAGACCCUACCGUCACAUUGUGGGACAGAGAGCUACAGGUACAGCUACAGAAAGCGAUGACAGACUAAAUGAUGGCUGGAUGGUCACCAUAACACUUGUAGAGCUGGGGAAAAAAUCCAGCAGGACUUCAACUGAGGACACCACUAUCCCACAAAAUGUGUAUCUUUGGUCCUGCUGCGUCGUUUUUUUGCAGAUUUGAAUCCCUGUGUAUUUUCAUUCUUUUUUUUUCUUUGUACUUAAUUCUUUUUCUGUUAAAAUAUUAAACAUUGGAGAAUGGUU